AUGACGGCACAGCUAUCUUUCCUUCUCGUUAUGGCCAUCGUCUUGGGUGCCUGGAUGGAAGUCAAUGCAGAUGCCAAUCUUCGCACUACGCAGUCUCCCAAACCGCUGGCUCCCGCCAACUCUGGCAAUCAGGGAUAUGGUCAGCCGAGGCAGUACUACAAACCACCACAGCGGCCACAGUACGGCAAAGAAGAGUACAAGCCCCAGUACGAUAAAUCUGAGGAUGGCGAAGAGUAG